GAGACUGAGAAAGUGAGAAACACUACCAAAACAAGACUUGGAGAAGUUUCGAAACAUUGUGCAAUAUAGUUCAGUCAUUCAAAAGACUGACGUCUUCUGGUCUUUGUUUACGUUUUGUGACUUGGCUUAUUAACCUAGGUAACCAUCGCUAACCUUGGUCAGGCAAUGGAGAACCAGGACUCUGAGCCACUGUUUGGAGAUGAUGUGUAUAGCCUGUUGAGAGAUGACUCUCUGUUACACAGAACUGGGUCAAACAAUUUUGCUUCUUUAAUUGAAUCUGCAGAUACAGCAGUGCCUGGUAGUAGUCUUCACCAGGAAUUGGAACAACCUCAGAAUUUCCGUCAAAAUCAAGAUGCUAACGGAGAGAUAACAAUUAAAAAAGAUGAGCUGGUGCAGGAAAAUAUUGAAGUGAAGAGUCAACAAGAACUGCAACAAUGCCUGCAGCAGACAAAUAUAAAACAAGAAGUCAAAUACCAAGUAGUACAGAGUGUUGAGGGCCACAGCCUACAACAGGAGCAGCAGCUACAUCAGGAGAUGAAACCUGAACAUAAAUAUAAAGUUCAAAACACUAAUGGCCAAACCCAGCCGGAAAAAUGUAUUGUUUACCACUUGUCAGAUAAUACUAGUAGUAUAGUUUAUAUGAAUAAUGAACCCUCGUCAUCAGUUGCCAGUGAACAGGAUCAGCCAUUAGUAAUAGCAUGGGAUGGCGUGGAUGAUGACGAAUCUGUGACUGAGGUUCAAAACACAUCUGGAAAUUUGGUUAGUAACCCCAGCAACUCCUUCAUGAAUCUUCUUGAUGAGGCUUCUUCACUGCUGCCUGACACUACAACUCGAGUAGUGCCUUCUCUCCAACCGUGGCCCGGAAAGUACUUGUUUAGUAUUUCUCUGCCUGUUGACAACAGAGAUCGGAAUAAGUGGUGUUACAGUCAAGAACUCAAGAAGCUGUAUGUCUGCCCGAGUGUAGCAGUUCCCCUGAACAUCACUCUUUCAAAGUGGAUUGAUUCAAGUAUUACAAUCACCCCAGUAUUCCACCAGAGUCAAUAUCGAAUGGAUCCUGUUUUUAGAUGCUACAACUGCAAAAAUUUCAGCAAUUGUGAUCCUCAACUUGUAGAUCACAUAGUUCAAGUUGAUGGUGAAGGUUGUUCAUAUGAAGUUGUACAAGAGAGACCAAUUGUAAUCAUUCCUGUGCAGCCUCCACCACCUGGAGAACGUUCAUCAAUCCUACUUCUGAAGCUCACAUGUCUUACAUCAUGUGUAGGAGGACCCAACAGACGACCAUUUUGUUUAGUGCUUACGCUUCGCUGCAAUGUGACUGGGAUGGAAAUUGGCAGACAAAUCUUAGAUGUGAAGUGCUGUAAAUGUCCUUCAAGAGAUAUGACUAAUGAUGCAAAAAGUGUUAGUGGAAAUUCAAACAAGACAAAACUGGAUGAGGGACAGGUGACAAAGAUAAGGAAGCUGUCAUCACAAAUCCAUGUUGGCCAGAAGAGGAAGAAGCCUAAAGUAAAAAAUGAACCUGGAACAGAAACAAGAUAUGUGAACAUUGCUGUACCAGUUGAAUUUGAGCUUCAGGUUAAAAGUUAUGUGAACGGACUUAUUGCUGAACAAAUUUUGCGGCGUAAUCAGCCUGGUCUCUUACUCUACCCAGAAGAUGAUAAUUAGAUUACAUCAUGCACAACGUUCCUAACUUCUUGGAACAGGUGUAAAGUGUUUGUUUGUGCACUUCAGUCCUACAUAAAUGAUGUUGCACACUUAUUCAUUUAUAUUUCCUCAUGUUGCUGGAACACUACGUUUGUGUACAUGUCAUGGUAUACAGCUAAAAUGUAAGAGCUUCGUAUGACUAUCAUUUGUUAAAACUUAGUCGUGUCAGGUACACUUGGUCCAGUCAAAUGAUGUUUCAAUUUACAAUAGUUAAAUGAAGAUAAAGAAGUGGUUUUUGUUGUUUAAGUACAUUACUUAUACUACACAUUAUUUUGUUAUGCAUAUAGUACUAAUAAUUACUUGUUCUGUGUCAUUAAUAAAAAAAUUUUUAGGGAAAGCUGUAAUAUACUGUUUUUUAUGUAUAUUUUCCAAAUUGCAGGAAAGUUAUUAGCUCAAUAAAUUUUAAAAACUUUCUUUAUGAUGUACAAUGAACUUAUAUUGUCCAAAACAGUUUACUAAGUGAUAUACAAAAUAAGUGAUAUACAAAGGCCUACACUGUUUUAGUUGAACUGUGCUUCAGUUUUGUUUGCAGUUUAAUUUAAAUCAUGUCUUACAUUAAUGAUAUAUUUUGUCUCUGGAGUUCAUUAGAUUGUCUUACAUUAAUGAUAUAUUUUGUCUCUGGAGUUCAUAAGAUUGAAGAUAAAAUUUCACUAAUUGUUAAGAUUUGCUCUGCAUAUGUAAAGGAAUAGUACAGUAUAUGUAAAGGAAUAGUACAGUAUGUUUCAUUGAUUACAUAUUAAGUUGCACUUAGCAUUUAUGUAUAUAUAAGUUAAUACAUCAUGCAGAUAUUUCCCUCCAAAUUAAAACUAUUGUGAAUUGUAUUGUAAUCUAAUUGAAGGUUUAUUUGAGACUGUGUGGAGGAAACAAUGUGAAUUUUUUAUCAACCUUCAUAGUCAAGUAGAUCAAAAUCUAAAACCAAUUUAUAUUUAUAUGAAAUCAGCAGUGUGCAUUGGGUAUUUGAUACAUUACAGAGAAAGCAUUAUAUGUUUUGUCAAAAUUGCAUUCACAGGCAGUUUCAGAUGAAUUAAUUGAAAAAUGUUAAAAGCAAAACUUUUAAUCAAAAUGCAAAAGAUUAUGUUAAUCAAAAUGCAAAAGAUUAUGUUUAACUUUUAAUCCAAAUGCAAAAGAUUAUGUUAAUCAAAAUGCAAAAGAUUAUGUUAAAAGAUUUCAAAUUAUACAGCCUCUUCCAAAGAGGAACGUGCGCUUUAGUAAAUCACCAAAAACCUGACAACUCCCACAUACUACUUUCAAGAGCAAUAUCAUAUAAGGGAAUGCAACCAGACUAACGACCCUUGAAGGGCAUCCAUUUGCAGUGUGUUUACAACGUACAAUUUACUUCAUUCCUUUAGUUGGUAAUUAUAUUCUAGCAUCUUCCUCAACACCUGAAGAAAAUAACUUAGAGAACUGCAGUUCUAUACAUAAAGAAAAUGUAACCCAUUACCAAAAACUUUAAAUUACCCAGAUUUUAAUAUACCAGCAAUGAAACUAUAAGAAUUGUCUUGAGUAUCCCACAAAUCACUUCAAGUAAAUUCAGAGGCAACUCUCAAUGCAAGUGCCAAUCUAAUUUGGGACAAAAAUUACACUUACAAUUAAAUAUUUUCUUUGUGACACACAAUGUCAAUUGAUAUUGAGUUUUACAGACAAAUCCAUGACAAUUUCAUGUUUUUAACAUUUUCACUUGACUCAGUCUUUGCAUUUUUAAGAAUUUGUAAUAUGUUUAAUAAAUCAAACGGCUAAAAAAUAAACCCUUCAAGCCAGGCUUAUGAGAGCUGAGAAUGUUGUCAACUCAGUGGCUUGGUUAUUAAAGUGAGUUGAAGGAACGGAAAAUCACCUUACACUUUGUUUGGUGGGAAUGGAAUGAAACGAGUUGUUAUUAAUUCAAAUUCUUAUUUGUUAAAUUAUUUUUUAUUCACUGUCUAGUGGUGUUAAGUUAUUCCUAUUAUUAAUAUAAUAAUAAUUAAAUUUAAUGUGUCCUUUGUUUUUGUUGCAACUAAUCUCUCUCUCUCUCUCUCUCUCUCUCUCUCUCUCUCUCUCUCUCUCUCGCUC